AUGCCGAAGCCACGCGAUGCAAGCUCAACCCUUAAGGUAAUAAUAAUCGGCGCCGGCCUAGGCGGCCUCGCAGCCUCCAUCUCCAUCCGUCUCGCCGGCCACGAAGUCACAGUCCUCGAAUCCGCGCGCGAGAUAUCCGAAGUCGGCGCGGGCAUCCAAUGCCUCCCAAACAGUACAAAGAUCCUACGGGCAUGGGAUACACACGGGCAUCUCGACUCCAAGGCCUCGACGACGCAGACAUGCAACAUCCUCAGCUGGAAGGGCGGGCAGAUCUCGCGCAUGGACUUCGCGCGCGCUGGAACCGAGCUCGGGGCGCCGUUUCACGAUUUCCAUCGCGCGGAUUUACAUGCGUUUUUGCUGGGGAGGGCGACGGAGUUGGGGGCGGAGGUGUUUACGGAUUCGGAGGUUACGGAUGUGAAGUUUCAUCAUGAGAGUACGGCUACGGUAUAUAUUAAGGGGGAGGAGGCGCGGACAGCUGAUCUGGUUGUUGGCGCUGAUGGGAUCAAUUCGCGCACGAGGGAGAUCUUACUGGGACUACCAGAACCGCCGCAUCGGACGGGUGAUAUGGCGUACCGCAUUCUUCUUGACGCGAAGGAUAUCCGCAAGACUGGAGACCCGGGCUUGACGAAGUAUCUCGACGAAAAAGCCGUGAAUUAUUGGUAUGGGCCUGGGGCGCAUGUUGUGACAUACCCCCUCCGCGACGCCACCCAGCUCAACCUCGUCCUGCUUGUGCCAGACAACAUGCCCGAAGAAGGCCCGUCCACGCUCCAAGGCUACGUCAACGAAAUGCAGGGUCUAUUCCGCGACUGGGACCCCAAUAUCGGGAAACUCCUCUCCCUCUGCCCGUCGGUGCUUCGCUGGCGUUUGUGCAUCCGCAACCCCCUCGAGACAUGGGUCCAUCCAUCGCAAGCCCUAGUCCUCCUCGGCGACUCGGCGCACGCAACACUGCCGUAUCUCGCUAGCGGAGCAGGCAUGACAUUCGAAGACGCGGCUGUCCUCGGCGAGUGCCUGGCACGUCUUGAGUCUAGAUCACAGGCCGAGAGAAAGAAAGCAUUAGCAGUCUACGAGCACUGCCGGAAACAGCGGACAGAGACCGUUGUCGCGAGGGGAUCGAUUCAGCAGGACCUGAACCACCUAAAUGACGGAGUCGAGCAGGAGGACAGGGAUGCCAAGAUGCGUGCUUUUGAGGACGUCGAGAGGGACUGGGCAGCUGGGAAUAGGGGACCACUGCCGAGUGGACUCAGGGAAGGAGAGGACCCGCUGGUUUGGCGGAGAUACGGGGUCGGGGGGUGGCUGUUCUCGUAUGAUGCCGCGGAGGACGUCGAGGAGAAGUGGGCAGCGGCUGCGUUCGAUCAGAAUGCACAUGCACCAAGACCAAGCCUGUAG